UAGCAAGGAGGCAGGAUAUUCCAGUCCAUGAUGUCCAUGAUGAGAUUCUCCUUGUCUGACAACAUCACACGCUCUACUGCCCUGGUGACAGCGCUGGAUAAUGUGACAACUUUGUCUCCAACGACAGCGCAAGCAAUCAAUGGCACGAACGUCACGGUGCCUCACAAAUGCCUGCUGUUGCUUUAUGAGGACAUUGGGAAGUCCAGAGUCCGCUACUGGGAUCUUUUGCUCCUGGUUCCCAAUGUGCUUUUCUUUAUGUUUCUUCUCUGGAAGCUGCCCUCUGCCAGGGCCAAAAUCCGGGUCACUUCCAGCCCUAUCUUCACUACAUUCUACAUACUAGUGUUUGUGGUGGCUCUAGUUGGUAUUGCCCGUGCUGUUGUCUCCAUGACUGUGAGUGCCUCUGAUGCUGCCACAGUUGCUGAUAAGAUCCUGUGGGAGAUCACAAGGUUCUUCCUUCUGGCGAUUGAGCUGAGUGUGGUGAUUCUGGGCCUUGCCUUUGGUCAUCUGGAGAGCAAGUCGAGUGUGAAGCGUGUUCUGGCAAUCACUACAGUGCUGUCUCUAGCAUAUUCUGUCACCCAGGGGACCUUGGAAAUCCUGUACCCUGAUGCUCACCUCUCAGCUGAAGACUUUAACAUCUAUGGCCAUGGAGGGAGACACUUCUGGCUUGCCAGCUCUUGUUUCUUCUUUCUGGUCUAUUCCUUUGUGGUGAUUCUUCCAAAAACUCCUCUUAAAGACCGGAUUUCUCUGCCUUCCAGGAAGAGUUUUUAUGUUUAUGCUGGGAUCCUGGCAGUGCUGAAUCUGGUGCAGGGUCUGGGCAGUGCCCUUCUCUGUGUGGAUAUCAUAGAAGGACUGUGCUGUGUUGAUGCUACUACAUUCCUUUACUUCAGCUUCUUCGCACCUCUCAUCUACGUGGCAUUCCUGAAAGGCUUCUUUGGGUCUGAGCCGAAGAUCCUGUUCUCCUACAAGUGUCAGGUGGAUGAACCUGAAGACGUGGAUGUGCACCUACCCCAUGCUUAUGCUGUUGCCAAGAAGGAAGGAAUGGAUUCUGGGUUCUACUCAAGCACUCAGAUUGAUACCACAGCCUACCUGGAUGACGUGGCCUCUAUGCCGUAUCAUGUGGGCAGCAUCAACAGCAUAGACAGUGAUCGUUGGAAAGCGAUCAAUGCCUAAGGCAGGGCUCCCCCCUGCACCUGAUGCCUCUUUUCCCUUAUAAACUCUCUGAUACUGAGGAUGUUAGGAUAUCCACUGGAAAUCUGUUCAUCGCUAUCUGCUGUGGCUUUCCUCUUUUCCUUAGGAUUUCUGAAACCUAUCAUGGAACUAAGUUGGCAGCCUUUUUGGAGAGAGUAUUUCCCAUCACUGCCUAGAACAAUCUAGAACAGUCCUGUUCAUAAGCCUAUAAACAUUGAACCUUCCUGAUUCUUUGCGUUCCAGAUGUGAAUAUGGCCCAGAAGGACAGGCCUGACUGGCACCUCCUGCUUUUCAAUGACUGACAGCACUUGUCUGCCAACUAAGGGAAAUGUCAUUCAGAAGCUGUUUAUUUGACUGUGUGUUCUGCACAUAUAGAGAGAGUUUGGUGGUUUAAACCAAAGUUUGUGUUCCUGGGCUUUCUCAGGCAGCACAGUUGUCUGGAUCUUAUCACAACCAUGGAUAGGUGGCAAUAGAUAUGUAUAAAAUGGCAAAGCUGCUCAGUUGGACUCAUCUCUGGUUUCAGCCAAUGCUAAUGAAAACUGUGAAUUGCAAUUGUUAGGAGUUAAAAGGAUUGUGUUCUGAGUGUGUAGGAAGGAGAAAAGAGGUGUGAAGAGAAAUGAGCUACCCAAUGUAUCCUAGGGCUGUUCUGGGAAGCACAGCUGGUAUCUCACAGCACCUGUGUGAGCUGACAGAACAAUAGGGAGGCAGGACAGGCAGCUGCUGCCCAGCUGAGCUGAAGUAGUUGUGAAACAGUCUGUGGAGGCUGCACUGCUGUUCAUCUGAGCUCACAGGAAUAUCUCAAUAACAGCACUGAAGCGGGGUGAAGUUUCAAGAACACAGCAUGUACAGUAGGUGUGUGUUACAUCUGCACCAUGCUUCAUGGCGGGGUCAUGGAGAGGGCUAUGAAGGAAGAGGCUGUCUCUGCUGAUGAAGGCUUCAGAGAUGUUCAGAUGCCUGAGGCAGAGUAGAAGCUGAUGAAUCUGAGCUGUCAGUAUCUAGUGACUGGGAGUUCUCAACCACCACAGGCAUCUUCAGAUCGAAUUGGCUGGUGUUCUAUGUUGGGUGGGAGGUGGAUGCUCUGGUACAACUGCUGUGGCAGUGUCCUUUUCUGUUACAGUUCAGAUCCUUGGACUUCUAAUGACCUUAAUAGGCUUUUCAUCUUGAUACAUUGAAAAUACUUAUGGGCAUGUGAAGUGUGGUUCACUUAAAAGCUAUCUGGAACUACUUAGUCUCUUCCACACUGGAAUAGGGACUGUUGUCAGACCUGUUUGAUGUGCAGUUCCAAGACAGUUUGUUCCAAUUCAGGGACUGUUAAGCUGAUAGCUGCAAUAAACUGGUUUCUGAGACAGACUGUGCUGUCCAAGGAUGAAGAGGUUUAUUCUUCUAGCUUUGGAGAAGUCAGCUUUGGAGGAACCUACCUGAGUCAUCUGGGUAGAUGGAGAUCUGUUGUAGGCGAUAGCAUCUUCCCAUUAGAAAUAGUGGAAAGAGAGGAAAUUUGAAACAUUUCAGCACUGUGCAUCUCUUGCCCCAGCUCACUGCUGUUCCUGAAAAAGAAUACUGGGGUAAGAGUUCUUGGGAAAUCAUCAUGCGGGGUGCAGCAUGGAGGUAUCAGUUUAGAAUCAUGAGUGUAUGCAGCGAAUGCAUUUCCCACUGUAGGGAAAGACACAGUUUAGAUAAGAACACAAGGUUCCUGUCAGUUGCCAAAACUAUGCAGGCCCUUCACUUAUCUUUUAUUUCAUUAAUGAGCAACGCAGCUUCUCAGUUCUGCAGCCUGGGGACUUUGCCCUGCAGGCUUCUGGGUAGCAUUGACACCUUUAAUAAUAAUUUUUUUAAAAUUCCACAAAACUUUUUUAGUCUUAUCAAGUGAAGAAAAAACUUCCAUGUACGAGAGCUGGAGUGUCUAGCCUUUCACAUUUCCCCUGCUGUAAUGACUAUAGAGGGGGUGGACAAGCAACUGGCCUGGCCAAGUCAGUCCUUGCCACGUUAGAGAAGUGUUCUGUGCUCCUCCUUUUUCUUGCUGUGAAUCUGCAUCAGCCACAUUUUAUUUGUAAAAGGGAUGGAUGAUGUGGUGCCUGAAUUGCCCUGUGGCUGCCCUUGCUGUGGCUCCGAUCCUGAGCUGCUGUUAGAAAGCGUGGGGAAACCUGCAGAGCUUCCCUGGCGUCUGUUGGCCUUGGACAGGUCUGAAAGAUUUGAAUGUCUAAGCAGAUCACCUGUGCAGGUGGUCAGUGUGUCCAUACUGUCCUUUGCCAGCAGGACUCCAGUAUUUCUGGAGCUUCCCAUGUUGCUGGGGAGCUUCUGUGCUAGGUCAUGGACUGACCUUCCUUCUGGUGUAUUUCUAUGUAUAUUAGGCUUUGGGCUGUGUUCACAGCAGGCCUUGAGCAGAAGUGUGUUGUGUGUGUGGGGGGGUGUGUAAAGAGUCUAAAUAUAGAAUAAAUGUAUAUUUUUGUUUGUAAAAUAAAGAAAUACAAUGAUGUUUGGCA